CUCCAGUACCGGUACCGCGAGGAGACGAACCUGACGCCCGAGGACUUCAACAAGUUCCGCAUCCUGGGCAAGGGCGGCUUCGGCAUGGUCUACGGCUGCCGCACCUUCGCCACGGGCAAGAUGUACGCCAUGAAGGAGAUCUGCAUGAAGCGCAUCAAGCGACGAAAGGCCUUCGAGCUCUGCUGGAACGAGCACUGGGCUUUGAAGCAGCUCGACUCGCCCUUCGCCGUGAACCUCAAGUUCGCCUUCAAGGACCGCAACCGCCUCGUGCUCGUCAUCGACCUCAUGAUGGGCGGCGACCUCAAGUACUGGCUCGCGCAGCACAAGACCUUCGACUACAAGCGGUCGCAGUACUACGCCGCGCGGACGAUCCUGGGCCUCAAGGCGCUCCACGAGCUCAACAUCGUCUACCGCGACAUCAAGCCCGAGAACAUGCUCGUCGACGAGAGCGGCCGCAUCCGCCUGAGCGACCUGGGCCUCGCGUGCCGCGUGCACACGGAGCUCAAGGGCGCGAGCGGCACGCCCGGCUACAUGGCGCCGGAGAUGCUCCGCAAGGAGGUCUACGACCAGCGCGUCGACUACUUCUCCUACGGCUGCAUGCUCGUCGAGUUCAUCCUCGGCAUGGCCCAGGCCAUCCUCGAGAUGAACCCGGACAUGUCCGCGGACAUCUGGACGGAGCCCGACUUCAAGAAGAGCCACUGCCGCGAGUUCUGCAAGAAGCUCCUCAACAAGGACCCGGACAAGCGCCUCGGCGCCGGCGGCUGCCAGGAGAUCAUGGACCACCAGUACUUCUCCGAGCUCGACUUCGACGCCAUCGUCGCGGAGACCAUCGAGCCGCCCUUCGCGCCG